CAUCAGGGCUUCCAUGAUAAAGUUUUAGAAGACUGCGAUACAGUCCUCAGUUUAAAUGCCAACAACUGCAAAGCUCUGUAUCGGAAGUCUAAGGCUUUAAGUGAUUUAGGAAGAUACAAAGAAGCAUAUGAUGCUGUAGCAAAGUGCUCCUUAGCAGUGCCUCAGGAUGAACAUGUAAUAAAACUAACUCAAGAACUAGCUCAGAAAUUGGGGCUUAAAAUAAGAAAAGCAUAUGUUAGAGCUGAGGUCUCGUUAAAAUCAGUUCCAGGGGAUGGGGCUACCAAGGUAAAGCCAUCAUUUCUUGAGUUCAUUUCCAUCCAUUUUACAGAUUUACUGACUCCAAGGCAAGAAGCAGUUCCUAUUAUUUCUUUACCUGCAUCCAGUUUUGCUCAUGAUGUUGGAAGUGAGCUGGCCUCAGUUCCUAUUGUACCCUUAACUUCUGUCUUGUCACUGCAAGUGGAAGAGAGUGCUCUGCCCUCUGCAAUGUUGGCAAAUGGAGGAAAGAUCCCCUUUACUAUGCCAGAAACUUUUUUAGAUGAUGGAGAUAUGGUCCUUGGAGAUGAAAUAGAUGACCUCCUUGAUUCUGCACCUGAGACGGAUGAAACUGUUAUA